UUUUUGAUUGAUUUCGUAAAAGACGUUUCGUAUUAAAGAAAGCAUCACGGAGAAAGACCACGAAAAUGAAGAACGCGUUCGCAGAGGUAGAUACACACGCGGUGCUACUCAUGGAAGACAAGGAGAUGAAGACUUAUCGUCAAAAGAUUCUAGCCGAGAAACAACAGCACGAUUGGGAAAUGAGGCUGUUAGAGAAAGAAAGACUGAUCGCCUGGAACUCCGACAGGGUCGAAAAGAACCGACUGUUGUCUCGUCUGCAGAAGAUAGAUAAGCGUAUUCUGGAGAUAAACAAGGCAAAUUCGGGAAAACAGAAGCAGCAGGCGACACUAUUGCAAGGUGGAUGCGAGGGCAUCGUGACGUCACCAAAGAAAGCGGACGAAAACGAGAAAAAUGCAGCCAUGGCUAAAAUGCCAUUUUUGUCCUCCACUUGGCCGGGAGGUAUGGGAUGCUCAUACCAAGACUCGCACGGCGUUGCCCAAAAGCAAAAAGACCAAAACGCUUCACCGCAUAACUUACCCUCGAAAAAUGAAAAGAAACGCGAUCACAGACGUCCUUCAAAAACCGACAACAACAAAGACAAGAAGGAACCAGUCAAAUCCAACCUAACCCGCCGUCCGAGCAUGGACCCGAAAGUUCUCGCAUCCCUCUUGAGCGUGGAAGAAUCUUCAGUUCAGAAACAGAACCAGGUUUUCCAGAGAGCGAGAUUGAGCUCUGAUGCAGCUCUGAGAGCAAACGCAGACGACGCGCAAGAAAAUCCAGAAGAGAACAAGAAGAAGACCUCGGCAAAAAAGUUUCGACGAAGAGCGACCGUAGCUUCCAUGCAUCUGUCGAGUGACUUGUUAAAAGUCGGCUUCCCUGAUUGGAAGGCCAGGGAAGAAAUGUUACCGAUGACGUGGUCUACCACAAAACCGUCACCGGGUGGCUUCAGUGCUUUCUCUCGGGGCCGGAGAAGCUCCUUGCCGUCCGUAUCCCCCGCGAACCACGGUAAGUUUACGAAGCCGGGUUCAACAGCUACGCGGAGGACGAGCAUCGGGUCGACAAAAUUGAAAACCUCGUCGUUGAACAAGCUGGAAAACGUGAUCGAAGAAAGCGAGGAACAUUUACACCACUCGGAGAGGGAAGAAACCAUGAGGAACUUGAUCCAAAGUGUCAUGGCGAUCGACUAUAGACUGCCGUUAUUACUACGGAAGAAAGAACUAUAGGGAUUUGUCAUUCUUUGUGUUACACUGCCUUAACUAUACUCAACUUCGGCAAUUUGAAAGACUGGUAGGUUUUGUUACCGACAUAGAUAGUCUGUCUGUUGACAUUCAUGUCUUCUUUUCCGUUUACGGCCCCAAAUUCUCAAAUAUCAGUAUAGUGCUUCUAAACAUUUUCAAAAGAUUCCAAACGCUUUAAUAUAUAAGGAUUAAUCUAUCUAUGUAUUGCAUUUAUAGAAUGUAUAAAAUUUAGUUCAAUUAACUCAGAACUUUUUUUUGUAAUCAGUAAAGACUGCAUGCAAUAGAUUAGAAGUGUCUAGCGACCUUACAUCAUACUGCAAGAAUUUGAUAUUCAACAGUUUGAUGUUUGCAAUGACUACAGAUGUCUGUAAUGAUGACACAACAGUGGAGGGGAUAAGAAGAUUUAGAAAUAUGGAUAUCCACUG